UGCGUGUUGUUCAAAGGGGAACGAUCUUGCGUUACGCGUUAAUUAAUCAACUUCGAUGACGGAUAGUUGAUUGAGAAGCGAUGAUUUUCCAUUCUUCUUUCGAGACGUUUAUUUCCAUCGAACGAUAGCUCGAAAACGGAAAGAAAAUAUUUCGUGUAUCCUCGAAAUACUUUCAAAAUCUAUUCAUCGAUCGAAUCGAAUCGAAUCGAAGAGAGGAAUAACGAAGAAAUAAAAUCAAUCUUUAUUUUAUAAUUAAAUACGUAUCCGUAAUUCUUAUAAAUCACACUAUUGACAUUAAAAAAAAAAAGAAAAAAAUCCAUCUGAAAAUUGGCAAUUUCUUUAUCCGAAAAGUCUCGAGUCGCAAGGCUCGGCCGGUAAGCGAGAAAUCAAGAGAUUAUCCUUAGGACAGGGAGGACCUGUGGUCCAAGUGCGCAGGAACAGUGAGCCAAGAGAAGGGGAAAGCCACGAUCGACGGCCACCUUCGUGGCCGCGGCUGGAUUGCGCACACGCGUGCAAUUUCCCGGGAAUCGGGUCUUUCCGGGUCUCCGACACGGUUCUUCCUCGUUCGGCUCACUCGAGUGUCCGACGCGCGACACGGCAACAGGUGACGGGUCGUGAGCGAUCCUUCGAAAUCGUCAGCGUAAAAUAUCCACUAUCUCUGUAAUCACAAACGUGUGUCACGAUCCACGUUGUGCUCGAAUCGAUCAUCGGGUGAACGAAGAGGUUGUCUCGAUUUUUCCUUCGUUUCGACUUUUUUUCAUCGUCCCGAUAUCUUCGGUUUCGAUUGGAGAGGAAUCGAGGAGAGGAAGAGAGAAAGAGAGAAAGAGAGAGAGGGAAAAGAAACGGAAGGAUUCAGCGAGAGAAAAUGAGCGUCGAGGACGCCAUCAAUUAUAAGCCUAGCGAGGAGGAGGAUUACUAUGCUCUGCUGUCGUGCGACGAGUCCUCGACGGUGGAACAGAUCACGGCGGAGUACAAGCUGUUGGCUCUCCAAUAUCAUCCCGACAAGAACGAAGGGGACAAAGAGGCUGAACGAAAGUUCCAGCAAUUGAAGCACGCGAAGGAGGUUCUCUGUGACCCCGAGCAGAGGAGCAAAUACGACAAAUGGAGGCAUAGCGGAAUCGCCAUCAGCUACAAACAGUGGCUCGGUUUGAAGGACAGCGUGCACCAGUCGAUGCACUGGAGCACACCGAAGACGAAGGAUCGCAUGCUGCAGGACGGUUCCGGGGAGGGGGCCGGUUCACCGGGCCACGCAGGCAGGGGUGGCCAGUCGACGAACGCCCACAGGAGAGCGUCGGAGGGAGGGGCGAACAUCUACUACGGGGCCCGCCGCGAUCUUGGCUGGGACUCGGAGGCGCCCAGCGAGGUGGUGAACAAGUUUCGCAACUACGAGAUCUAAAAGUCGAGCGUCCAGCUGGCGAUCUCUCCCCUCCCGUGCCCUCGUCACCGUGGCGGAGAGAGAGGGAUAUCUCUCUUUCUUUCUCUCUCCCCGUUGUGCGCGUGUGUCCAAGCAUUCUCGCGCGAUCCAACCGCAAGAACCAAGCGUGGGACGAAGACGGAUGAUGAAAGACGUUGACGAUCUUCUUUCUCGCAUCUCGUGCGCAUUUGUGAUCGGCCGACCGAGUUUCGAAUUCCGCAGUUAUUCGGAAAUUUAUCUCUGCUUCCGAUAUUUCGUUUCGAGAAUUUUUUUUCCUUUUUCUUUUCUUCUUUUUUUUUUUUGGAAUAGGAUAAAGGAUAGAUAAGGUAUAGAUGGUUUCGUAAGGGAAAUUAUUGCCGUGUGAAGAUUGUGAACACGCGGGGAACGUAUAGAAAAGUGAAACUCGAGAUGAUCGUCUCUGGAAGAAGGGAGGAGGAGAAAGGGAAAAGAUGAUAUAUAUAUAUAUCUCGCGAUUUCUUUCAAGAAGGGAAUUCCUUUCGAGAGGGAAAAUUAAAAAUUAAAAAUAGUUGUUUCUACUAACGUAAACGUUGCUCGCCAAGUGAAGAAUUCAGUCAAAAACUGGUCCAGUUUUAUCAAUUUUCAAAAAACUGGAAAACCGACCGAUUUAACUUGGGGUAAUCUUCUCGUCGAGUAGUUAGAAGAAAGAAAGAAAGAAAGAAAGAAAAAUAAAUAAAAAAAAAAAAGAAAAAAAAAACAGUAACUCGUUGUUUCUACUGUAUAUCGAGUACCACGAGUAUAUUCGUCAGUGUCAAAAAAAUACUCGAACAGUUUAAUCACAGUGUGAAUCGAGGAGAAAAAAAAAGUGAUAGAGGAGGAGGAGGGGGAGGAGGAGGAACAUAUCGAAGUAUAUUUUCGAACAUAGCUGGCUCUCGAGCCUCGCGUUUCGAGGCUUGGAUAAAUUGUUCGAGUAUGAUUAUAUUCGACUGUCGAGCAAAUCGAUGAUCGGCGCACUUGUACCUGUGUCAAACGCAAAGUUAAAUAAAUAUAUAUCGUUUUUCUCUCGACCACACUUGUGAUUGUUCAAAACGAAAUCGUAAUAAUAAUAAUAACGAUAGUUCUCGCGUAUUCCUUGCAUUCCUCCCGUAUAUUUUUCGAUCGAUCCUUUCGCUUUUAUAUAUCCCGAGUAAAAAUUUAAAGAAAAAAAAAAAAAAAAAAAGAAUCGAUCGGACGAAAUCGAUUUCGACACCUCAUCAUCCGACGUAGACUGAGAAAAAAGGGGAACAAUAAUACGAAGAAACGGUGGAUCAAUUUUUGCGACGAACAAUCCAAAAAAAAAAAAAAAAAUAAAUGCGAACCGAUUUUCCCCCUUUCGAGAAGAAUUCGCGAAUAUUUCCUCCGAAAGAUUCGAUCUGCACCUGCGAGCGAAAGGAUCGAACGAUAUUCUUUAAUUGAUUUUCACUCUCAUCGUUCAUCGUUAAAAUAGGAUUUCGUGUCACGACAGCGAGUUACGUAUUUAUAUAUUUCCUUCGUAUCUCUCUUUUCUUUUCUUUUUUCUUUUUCUUCCUCGACAACCGACCAGUUAUACAUACCUUACUUGUAUUAAUUAUAUAUUAUAACAACAACAAAGUGUGUAUUAGGUGGUUGAAAAAGUAGCGUCGGUUGAUCGUUAUUACCUUAAUAAUUUUUGCUUGAUUUUAUCUUUGAAAAAUAUUUCAAGAUCCAAGGUAUUGCUUCUGGCGUCUCUUUUCUUUGAUCGUUAAGAGAGAGAGAGAAAGAUAAAACUUGGAAGAACAAUGUAUUCAUCGUCACCAUAUAGCAAUUAAUUAAUUUCUUAAUACGUAAUAAUUCCGAUUACAAUUGACGAAGAGUGUGAGAAAACGCGAAGAAAAAAGAAAAAAAGAAAAAAAAACUUUUGCACCCACCUAAUAUACCGAUAGAGCUAGCCACGGCGAAGAAGAAAAUUUUCUAAUGCACCGAGCGUCGCCACAGUCGCCGUAAUUAAGGCACGUAGCCGUUUAGCUAGCAGCUAAUGAUCGACGGCCGAAAAUAGAAGCACGGUACAGACUCGUAUGUAUGUGUGUAUGUAUGUCGAUGUGACCUUUCGAUAUUAGUCGAGUAAGGCUUCGAGGUAAAGGCCUUAAAAAAAAACUAUCCUGCCCCCUCGAAUUUAUUUUCAUCCCCCCCUCCCUCGGAGAGACGCCAUUGGAUCAGGAAAAUUUCGGAUCGAAACUCGAAAUAUUUCUCGAAUUCGUAGAGACGUAUAUACAUAUAUAUAUAUAUAUAUAUGUGUGUGUAUACAAUUUGGAAGAAAGCGAGGAAAAGGUAAUAAAAAUUUAUCGUAUAUAGGAUGAUAUCGAUGGCGACGACGAAGAACGGAAAAUAUGGCCGAUGUACCGUUGUCGAGAAUGUAAACUCGAGUCCAAGUACGCGCGCGCUGUCGAUCAAUUUUGAAGGAACAAUGUGCAAUGUUGCAAGCGAUCGAAAAAUAUAUAUGUAUAUAUAUAUAUUUUAUAAAACGAUCGAUCUAUUUUAUAAAACAAGAAUCGAUAGUAUACGUUGAAACUCUUAAAGGAUCAAGAAAUCGUGUUUCGUUCUCGAGUUUCUUACGUAAAAGAAGGAAAAAGAAAGAGAAUCGAAUACUAAAAUCGAUAUGAGAGUGAGAGAGAGA